GUGGUCGUUUUACUGUGCAUAAUGCAUAUUGGGGCUCUAUGGGCAAUCUAAUGCUUGAAGGAGAAAUCUAGUGAACAUCAGCUGGAAAUGUCUUAUUAUGCGAAGUGUUUUGUCGUCUGCUCUAACAAUUAUGAGUUGGAGUAUAUCAAUAUCAGUUGCAAAUUGUAGGUUAUGUUGUAGUUGAUUUGUUGUGGUUGUAGGCGUUUAUCACAAUAAUGUUUGUGACGAAAUGAAAUUAGUCACCUGAACGUUAUAAUGGCGAAGACUGUUUCUUCAUUAGUAGGAAUUUCGCCUUUAUAUGCGCGAAUCCUAUCUUGUUUUCCAGCCCAUAAUUUUUCUUACUGUUUUGCUUAUGGGUCUGGUGUGUUCAAGCAGGAUGGUAAUAAAACUUCUAAACCUAUGAUUGAUUUGAUAUUUGUUGUUGAAGACUCCUCUCAGUUUCAUUCUGAAAAUAUUAAACUAAAUCCAAAACAUUAUUCUGGUUUGAAAUAUUUAGGUCCUAAAUUAGUUUCGUCCAUUCAAGAGCAUUGGGGUGCAAAUGUUUAUUUCAACACCCUUAUACCAUUUGAAGAUGAAGGUGUGACAAUAAAAUAUGGAGUUGUUGCAAAGAAAGAUCUCAUCACUGACCUUUUGGAUUGGAACCAUUUGUACUUAGCAGGAAGAUUGCAUAAACCAGUUCAGGUUCUUCAAACUACGAGUAGUUCCGAAUUGAGAUCUGCCUUGCAACUGAAUUUGCAUAAUGCUCUUCAUGCAGCUUUGCUAAUUUUACCAGAAAAUUUUACAGAACGGUCUCUAUACAAAACAAUUACUUCAUUAUCCUAUGGUGGAGAUUUCAGAAUGAUAAUUGGGGAAGAUAAAAAUAAAAUAAGAAACAUUGUAGAUCCCCAGAUUGAGGCGUUUCGUGUUUUGUACAACCCUGUAGUGAAGACUCUUCAUGAUUUUGUUGAUGUACCUACAGAAGGUGGAUGCGACAGUAAUUGCAGCCAAGAUGCUUUUCCUGAGGCCAAACUUCAUCAUCUCAACCAGCUCCCGAGAACACCCCAACGUGCUAUCGUCAGGUUUUGGAACAAACAGUCAAGAGGGAAACGGCAAGACACUGAAGAUGUGUUACGUGCUGUGGCUCACGAUCCAGAUUGUGGUGAAGUGUUAAAACUAUGCUUGAGUAAUAUUGUAUGGAACUCUAGUAUUACUCAGAGUCUGAAAGGUAUUUUUACUGCUGGUUUGUACAAAUCUGUAAAAUAUAGUGGAAAUAAACUUUAUAAAAUGGUAAAAUCAAUGAAUAAGUGGCCAAGUACUACUUUGUAGUUUGUUGGUUGUCUCAUAGCAAAUCAUUAUUUAAUAUCACUGGUAGGCAUUUUGCUUAUACAUUUUUGAAGCAUUACACAAACGUACAAAAUCCAGGACAUACGUAAGUAUAAUCUAUUUUUCUGGUAAUACAUUUAUUAUGGGUGUGAUAUUUAAGAUACAAACUUGAAACUUGUCAACUCAAAAAUCCUGAAUCCAGAGUUGAAUAUGAUGUAAGAAAUACAUUUAACUUACAAUUAGAAAUUCAUAUUCUUAAGGUUUUUGCAGAUUUCCUUGGUAUUCCCCACUACACCGAUCAGGUGAACAGUACGUCAUGAUUCUUUGUAUUUAGAUGACCACUAUACUGUUGAUCAUACGUAAAUGUAUCAUAUGGCAUUUUCCUAGAAGAAGAUACAUAUAACAACAUAAAUGUAAAAGUUAGGAAAUAGGCUAUUUGUCAUCAAAUGAUUUAAUUAAUUGCCUAUGUAAAAAAGAAAUAAAGCAGAAUAUUCAGUUUUG